AUGCCCACCCACUUCCCUCCUCUGUACAGCGACAUAGCCGACCUGGCUGGCAAGGACCUGCCCAACCCGGUGCCCACCAUCCUGGCAACGGUGCUGGUGCUGCUGGUUGUGUUCAUUGGGGCAAAUGUUGGGCUAUGGUGGUGGGCGCAGAAGAACGCACCAGCAAAGCCUAAGAAGAAGGUCGGUGCAAAGCAGAUGAAGCGCGAAACGCUGCGGAGGGGCCUGGCCAUGCCCCAGGAUUAA